AUGGCCGAAGAGGACCCCCAGCCGCAGCCGGACCAAGGGGCGACGAGGAGCCUGCCCGGCCUGCUCCUCCCCGGGCUGCAGGGCGCUGAGGCCAGUGCCCUGCAGCUCCGGAUCAAGAACUCCAUCUGGUGAGGAGUCGUUCAUCUACUGCUGUGUGCAGCAUUUGACACUGCUAGAGCACUGUACAUUACAUGUAAUGCAGUGAGCAGGUAGAUUAUUAAAUCACUGCUGAAAGGGUUACAUAGUUCAGUACAGGAAUAUGCAAUACAUGCAUCCCAGUAGUCCCGCAUGCAAACGACGUUUUAAACAAAAUAUUAAAUCAUCAUGAACAAGUAUAGGAGACUAACCGGCUGUGGUUGGCCACUGUUUAAGCAGGAGUUGUGUAGUGAAGGCAGUGAACUGCAAUUUUAAGUGGCUAAAAUCACGGUGCAGAGAAUGAUCAGUAGGCUGAGUAAUCUGGCAGAUUACUUGUAUUUUGAAGUAGACCAAUACACUAAUAAUAAUAACCAUUAAAGAUGGCUGGACAGAAAUACAGAAGCCCUUAAUGGCAAUAUUGUAAUGAGCUGAUAUCAAGAAAGGUUAAUAUUAAUUAAAUUUGUUCAAGGUCUGUGAUUUUGUUUAUUAUUUUUUUUAAUUAUCAUUGAAUUGUUGUAUUAUAUCAAAUAAAAAUAGACAAUAACGCAGUGAUACCAGCAUUAUAUAAUAGGUAUUGGCCUACCUGCUUUCUAGUUAAGGAUAUAAGCGAUUGAAAACUGGCAUUUGCUAUUAUUGUUAGGCAGAUGUCAGGUAAACGUAAUUGAGUAAAAGCGCUAUCUCCUUCACCAAUAUUAUGUUUAACUAUCAAAGAGUAGUUCAUGGAGGUACUUGGCCAAUAGUGUCUAAUUACAGUCCUGACUCACAAACAUUUCACCAGAAAAUAUCACUUUAGAUAUUUAUAUUUUAUCUAUUUAUUUGUACCAUGUUGCCUAGCAAGGAGUCCAGAGCAUAAACACUUUGUCUGAUGAUGUCUUCAGCUGGUUUGUCAUUUUCCAUUCAGGCUGAGGGGUGAAGGAAUGGCACUGAGGGGAAGUGCAGCACAUAGGUGGUGAACAUAGGUGAACUGAUGUAUCAUGAAUGUGUAGAGCUGGGCUGGCUUUGCUGACUAAGCUGUCUUUAGUUUUCCUUGAUUAAUCUUAUUGAUCAGCUCCGUCUUUUUAAGAUGUUGACAGUCCUGAGGUACUUGUGCUUGACUUUCAAAGCUUUUCAAAAGCACGAGUGACCGCCACUCUUAUCCAAAUGUAUUUUAUUUUACUAUAUGAGUAAAGUUACAGUCUCAAAAUGCUGUUCAGGUAAAUAUUUGAACUAGAAAAACAACACAAGUCUAAAUAUAAAUGAACCCCUAAUAUUAAUCUGGUCUUUAGUUACAGUAAUUUAUGCCUAAUAGGUCUGUCAGAUCUGCCUCUUAAUGUCUUUUCAUGAAUAGUUAUUGGUUUAAGGCACCAUGACAGUAAAACCACAUUCACUCUUUCUGACUGCUUUCACUCAAAGUUCCCUCUAUUUCUAUUGACUAAACACUCUAAUUAUGAAUGAACCAGCUGUACUCAGUGACUGGACAAUUGACUUGACUUCUCAUGCCAAAUGAAACUGUGAUAUUAUUCUGUUUACCCAGAUUACUCUCAUUUCAUUAAGUAAAAAAAAGAGUUUACUUCACUCAGAUGCCUUUAAUUACUCUUAAAUAUUUAUUUUCUUUUGCUUCUGGAUAAACCAACAAGCUUUUUUACUGACAUAAUCAAAGCUAAAUGUUUUUGGUUUGUAAUCAUACUUGGCUACAAAUGAAUAGAGCACAUGAAAUUAUCAGCUUUUGAUAAAGAAGACAAGUAUCAGUGUUAAAUUUAUGGAAUAAAAACGUAAAAUUGAGUCAAAUAAGUAAAAUGCAAGGACUGCUGGAAGAGUGUUUGAGAGUCAAGAUCAACGGUAUGAGAAAAUGACAAUUUCUUAAACAACAGUUGUGUACCCUGUCCUUUGUUUAUGUUAUUUAAGGCCAUGAAAGUAUCAGGUAUCAAGAAUCAGAAAAAACACCAUUACUUUUACAACAGACAGCAAAGAAAUAGCUGAACAACUAGAGAGCAUAUCAGUUUAGAACUGAAUUUUAUUCAAUCGAAACCUCAACAUCAAAUUUCUCCUCAUUAUGUUGGGAUAUUGACUUUGUCCCUGAGAGCAUAGUGAUGUCUCGUCAUCAGUGCUGAGACACAGGUGAGCACUUUCUGUCUAAAUCAACAGGGGGUAACACCUAAAAAAAAGCUUUUUUAUGACCAACAAAUUGAUUUAAUAUUGAUAGUUUGCUUGAUAAUCAGUGGGGACGGUUUGAUCCUCUGCCCAAAAUAUUGGGCGGCAUGUUCCUACCAGUCAUGUGGAUGUGCACACCUACGUCCGUGGUUAGUCCUGUCCCCAAUAUCUUUAACCCUUAAGAGGAUUAGAUCAUGAAUGUUGACGUUCACCUUAAUGACCUGUUUCUGAGACGAUGGUUACAGCGUGAGACAGUCUGAGGGGUUAAGAUGUCCAUAAUCAUAACUUGAAAACAAGUGAUAUUGAAGAGGGAGCUGAUUUUCAUUUAAUGAAAGGCUGAAUUUCCUGAGUAUAUAAAUCCCACAAGGUGAUAACAGCAUCUCAGUCUUUCUUACGUUUUCCAAUCUCAGUUUCAGGUGUUGUUGAGUUUACCUGGCUCCCAGAUCUGCUCAGAAACAGAUUAAUGACGGCCUUUCCUGGACUGGGAAAUCCCCAGCCCCCCCUGGUAACAGUGAAUUACAGGGAACUUUUCCUGUCAUGGGCUUAGAGCGUCCCCUGAUUCUGACCUGUCUAAAUUCAACCUGCCUUCUGUCUUACAGUCAACAACAACUUGACUUGUCUGCCACUUAAGACCCAAACAGGCUUGAAUAGGUGUUGUGUGUAUCCGGUGUGACUCAUUGUGGCUCUUUCAUUCAUUUGCAUCAGUCUGGAGAUUUUGAAUGAGUCUCCUCUCUUCAUGCUUUUUGGCCUUGUAUUGCACAUGACAUUAAUUGGGUUAGAUUAGUUAGUUUACACCUUGUCAGAAUUUCAUUUGUGCACACUACCUAUAAAGAAUGGGUGUGAAAAGCCCUCUAAAUAAUGUUAGUUGUGUUGUAUUAUGUAUGUUGUUAAUUGUCUAAUGGCUUUAGCAUAGAUGAAUGGUACAAAUUUUCCACUUGUGGGACAAUUAAGUUUAUCUUAUAUUAUCUUAUCUUACAAACUUGAGGAGACAGGAGUUUUUGCAUAUCUACAAAUAUGUUGCCAUGAAAACAAAAUCUUAAAGUAAUUGAGUGAAAUAAUUCUGCCAAAAUCUGCUAUCUAGAUCCAAUUAAAACAGUGUCAGAAAAGAUGUGGAGUAGAUUUACUGUUUGCCUGCUCAUGAAAACUCUGUCCUCUGUAAUAAAAGUCCAUCUGUCAAAGACAAUGUUACCACACUGUCUCUCUCCCUCCCUCUGUUUUUACAUAUGACAACAUAUGUUCCUGGCGUGGGAUAUAUGACCUGAGAGAUGCUGCAGGGAGGGUUGACACAUACCAAACAUUCCUCCGCUUUAUAAAUAAAUACACUUUAGACACAAGUCCUCAUGUUACACCAGCUUCAUACUAAUUUAUACUUUGUCUCUGUUUUUUCAGCAAAUCCGUUCAGUCAAAGGUGGAAAACAUUUUGGUGAGUAUUCUUGACAUGUUUUUCCCCCCUAAUACAAGAAUUUUAAUUGAACUUUUUUUUGGCUGUUCUUAACAUAUAAGUUUGAUUUGUAAAUAAUUUGUCGUCCCAUCGUGUAAGAAUGAAAUGCUAUUGUUUCAUGAUUGACUUGUGUGUUUUUGGUAAUAUCUUAAAGUAAGGGGCACAUCAAUCUGAAGCAGAUUACAAGCAUCAGCCUUUAAGGAGUUUUGCUAGUGGAGUCAUUUGGCACAUUCAAGACUCAAAAAGUCUUUGGGGUUUCUUUACUCACAGAGUGUUCGUUUUUGUUUAUGUAUAUUUUUCUGAAACAGAGAUGGUUUAAGACUUGUUAAGAUCUCCCAAAAUGGAUUAAACUUAGAAAUCACAGUACGUAAGCUCAGUGUGAAGUCUGUGAGAGGGACCGGUGAAUUCAAGGACACAGAUACUGAUGUGUAGUGGGUCUCCAUGAAUGAUGAUGAGGGAUUAACCUCUGACGGCAGAGUCAAGAAUAGGUCAGAUAUUCUUUCAGUAAACCAGGGUCAUAUAGUCGUCUUUCCUAUCAAUGGAGUACAAAUCAGAGUAAGGCAACUUGAAUUACCCCCAGAGAGAAUACCCAUCUCAGAAGACUCCUCAUAGUGAGAAAAUCUUUGACAGAAGAUAUCAUGGCAAGCUUAUUUGCUGAUGAUAGAUCAGAGCUUUUAAGAUACAGUUGAAUCCACGAGAUCACAAAAUUAAGAGUUAUCAGUUAAGUCACCAUUCUUUACAAUAAAAACAAGCUGCUCUCGCAUAGUUAGCUGAAACCAGAAUCACAAGGUGUUUGUGGCUGAAAAUUCACUGCAGUAAUUAGUAAGCAAACAAACUAGCAGGACAUAAUUGUUGAAAUAAAGUUUGAUUUGAUUUGAUAAUUAAUGCCCCAGUUGUUGAGGUCAGAUAUUCUUUCAGUAAACCAGGGUCAUCUAGUCAAAUGUUAACUACCCUUUCUAUUCUUGUAGUGAUGAAUAAUAGCACUUCUCAAGGGCAUCAAUCUGAGUCAUGCACUGAUGAAAUAAUGAUUCACUUUUAUAAAUGUGAAUCAGUCUGCUUCAUGGAAGGCUUUGCAUUGAUUGAUAAUAAACAGAGGGCUCAGACUGGUUGGCUACAUUACAGUGACAGUAAAACUCAAGUUAUAGCAUCCAACCAUUACACUACUUGGAGCAAAAAUGAAUAGCAUAUGAAUGAAUGAGCUUUACAAGCUUGUGAAACAGCCCUGUGGGCUUGAAGGAAACGUCCUCUUCGUUUCCUGUGUAUUUUCUCACAUGUGGCAGAAAUUGACGAUAAAAAGCUUGAAUCUUACAAGGGUUGAUAGUGGAUUUUGUUACCUUCUGUGCCAAAGCCAAGCUCCCUCUUUUGUCUUAUUCUUCUAGCUAAAUAUGCUAAACGAAGCUAAGCUAACCAUCAGCUGAUUCCAGUUUUGUUUUCAACAGAUUGAAAUGAAAGUAGUAUUUUGCACUCUAUGUUACAUGUCCCUGGACUGCAUUUCAUUUCAGCCCCGAAUCCUUCACAGACCUGUAGUGGUCUACUGUUGUUUAUCGACACCUUUGGCUGUAUCGUGAUUGAUGAUCGUGAAGGACAAGUUCUAGAGCCUCAUACCUUCUCUGGUGUCUCAUUUAAAAUGAUUAGAGUGCAUGACAGCAGUGACAUCAGAUAACCCAUAAAACAAAAUAAAAAUUUUGUGUGACAAUUUAUUGAUCGGAACAAAACUACUUUUAUUAAGUAAUUUAUAAAAUUAUGCCAGUAAGAUACUUGUGAUGUGCUUAUAUUGGCAAAUGGUAUCUUAAAUGAUAGAAUAUCACUUAUUCUGUAUAUGAACUGCAUCUUCACAACAAUGGGAUGAAACAAACCCUGUCUUAACCCAGUGCAUGUAGUAUAAGGGUAUGCCAACCUCUAGUUGUACAAUGCACCGCCUCAUCGUUGAUAUUUAGUGACUGAAAUGAUCUCUGCAUGAAGUUUGUGUUCAGAUUAUCACAAUUUCCUGUAUCAAGGUUAAGUGAGUUGACUAUGUAGAGCUGAUGACACAUUUGCAUACAAUCAACGGUAGCCCCAAGUAGUGAGUCGCACUGAAGAGACCAAGUUUCAGCAGGACUCCAUUUGAAAGACAGUCCUCCGAAGAGACUGACUCUGAGAGUUUACAAGCCUUAUGCAUAGAGUUUACUUGAACUUACAUAUAGUCCUUAUGGUGGCUUGGUGUCUGUGUUAGCUGCGGUUCCCUAACAACCAAGUAGUUAAAGAGAGAAGACACAGAGGACAGCAUUUAUUCUUAGGAGCCAAUUGAGAGAGUGAAUAUUUCUGAGUGAAGACAUGUGUCUGCACACUCACAGUGCAGCGAGCUGUCUCGGCAGAAAGGCUAACAGCAGAGGAUUUUAGUUCACCUUACACGCUCCCUGCUCUGUCUCCUAUGUGUCUGUCUGUCUGCAGACACUCUAUGUGUUUGCAUGCUUGUGUGUCUACACCGUCUAAAUCAAUCCAGUAUUUUUAUGUCUCAUACUCAUAUACACUGUCAGGCUUCCAAAUGCCCCACGUUGUCCUGCUUUUCUCUCUUUAUUUAAGAGAUGGUUUGGUUAUGAACUUUGGUGCUAAUGCUAACACCAAACAUGACCCUCUUAACCUGAAACCAAAUUUGGUGGAAAGAUACGAUGCCCAGCAAUGCCGUGGUACAGUUUUGGGCUUAUGAUGGACAUUUUUUAUUCAGGAAUUAAUGCAGCAGCAAAAGGGAGACUGUUUUUAUUCAUUGUUAUUCCUUGUUACAGCCUUGGGGGUUAUGCUAGCAGAUGCUAAUGUAGCCCCAAGCAGAACCGAAGAGUGGAUCAGAGAGGUCCACUGAACUAAAACUUUUUACUCCAUUUUACUUUCCAUUUGUAAUGCUGACCAUGGCUGAAGUGAAACCCCUCUAAAAUUUAGAUCUUUAGCUCACUUCAGGAGUGAGCUAAAGUUCGGGCAGUAACAGCGCUCCCUCACUGAUGUGUAGUAGGAACAGUAUUUACAAUGGUCAGCAGUUUGGCAUGGUGGCACAUCAGCAUUCUCACGUUUGCUUAAAAUAUACAGGUGCAGCUUAAAAAACUACAAUGUCCUAAAAAGUUAAUUUUCCCCAUCAUUUAAUUCAAAAAGUAAAACGUAAAAAUAAAAAAAGAAAUGACAAAACUACUGCAUCAGUGCAAUAUUUACAAGGGGGCAAUCACUCUGUGGCUCUGCUGGGGUGUUAUCGAAGCCCGGGUUGUUUUGAUAGCACAUUCAGCUCAUAAAUGUUGUUGACUCUGUGUCUCUCAUCUUUCUCCUGACGCUACUCCAGAGAGUCUCUAUGGGGUUCAGGUCAGGCCAGUAGUCUGGCCGAUCAGGCACAGAAGUACCGCGGUCAGCAAACCAGUUUAGGUAGUUUUUUAUCUGCUGUAGGCAGGUGCCAGGCUCUUUUGGAAAAGGAAGUCUGUGUCUUCACAAAGCUUCUCAGCAGAUGGAGGCAUAACAUACUCUUAAAUGUCCUAGAAGAAUUCGAGCUGCCUUAAAUCUUGACUUGAUAUGACACAAUAGACUGAUACCAGUAGAUAGCAUGGCUCUCUAAAUCAUCUCAGACUGUAAGACUUCCCGCAGGAUUUCACCUUGGAUUAUGUGCUUCACCAAUCUUCCUCCAGACUCUGAGACCCUGAUUUCCAAGUAAGAUGUAGAUUCAUCAGACUACAGGAUUUUGGACCCCUAAGCGGUUGUUCAGUUAGCCCAUCUCUGGUUUAGGAGUGGCUUGACAGUAGCAACACAACACCUGUAGCCAAUUUCCUGGACACAUCUGUGUAGCGGCCCCUGAUGCACUCACUCAAGCCUCAGUCCACUCCAAGGUCUUCAAUCUGCAGUCAUCUUUGUUGCCUGCGCACCUUUUCCUCCCACACUUUUCACAUCAUCCAACUUUUAUUAAUUUGCUUUGAUACGGCACUCUGUGAACAGCCAUCCUAUUCAGCAUUGACCUUGUGUGGCUUACGCUCCUUGUGUAGGGUGUCAAUGAUCGUCAAGUGUCAAGUCAGCAGUGCCCCCCAUGAUUGUGGUUGUGUGUACUGAACCAGAGUGAAAGAAGAAAUGUACAAGAAACUUUUGUGUGUGUUUAGUUUAUUAGCUAUUCAGAGCUUCUUUUUUCAGGACUGAAGGAACUGAAACUGGACUUUUCCACAAUAUACUAAUGUUUUGAGAUAGUAGAUCUUUUAUUUUCAUGAACCGUAAGCAGGAAUCAUCAAGAUUCGAGCAGAAAAGUCUUAAAGUAUUUCCUUUGUAUGUGAUGUAUCUAAAUUAUAUGGUAGUUUCACUUUUUGGAAUAAAAUUAAGUGAAAAAUGAGCUUUUUCAGGACAUUUAAAUUUUUUUAGCAGCACCUGUUUACUACAGCUUCUGCAGCAAAUAAUGAAAUGCCAGGAUAUUACUGCUGUCUAGGCUGAAGAUGACAUAAUAUGAGAAGGAUAGACAUGCAUCAAAGGGUCAAGAUAGGUUUUGAACCAUGGGUGAUGUGUUGAGGACUGUGGCCUCUUUAUAUAAAAUGCUUUCACUACCAGACAAACUAGCACCCUAAAUGAAAUAAUCUGCAUUAUUUUCUUCUCUGUUGCAAACUUUCUGAUAACACUCAUGGUAUUGUUCUUGCACUUCAGCUGUUACAGGAUUACCUUUAUGAGGAAUACUUCUUUGUUUCAAUGAUUGACAAAGGCCAAAUGUUAAACGUUUUUUUCUGUUGUUGUUUUUACAGCAAGAUGUUGAGAAGUUCUCAGACAUCGAAAAACUCUACCUCUAUCUCAAGUUGCCUUCUGGUCCCAGCAGCAGCAGCAGCACUGAAAAAAGGUCAGAAUACAGCUGCUGAUGACAAAUAAAUGACUAAUAUAGAAAAUUAGCUACAAUCAUACACACCUACACAUAGAUAAAACACACAGGAAUAGUCUAGUCAAGGAUAAGAGGCCAGAGUUGUUUUACUGUUGGUGCUUUUGUGUUUUGUUGAAUUACUCAACAAUCAAUAUCCUUUCAGUGACCAGAGCACCCUGUCCUCCAGCCGCACGCAGCAGAUGCAUGCCUUCAGUUGGAUCCGCAAUCAUUUAGAGGAAUAUCCUGAGACGUCUCUUCCAAAACAGGAAGUUUACGAUGAAUACAAGUAAGUUCAAACUGGGUAACAUAUUUGCUACCGCACACACAUUAAUGUAGUAACCAAUCACUUUCAAGCUGAGACUUUAAUGUUACUCUCCAAACACAAACACAAGCUCAUUUUUCCCCAUUACUUCAGUAUAAACUACAUUUUGUACCUUUAUUUAAAUAUUCUUCAUCAGAGUUGGACCUUUGAAUGGAUAACAGCUUCUGAUGUGUGAGAUUCUUGCUCUGGUGGCAGGAGCAUCAGUAUAAAUAGACACAGCCGGCAUGGGAAUCACUGAGAGCAACAUGUGUUGGUAAUAUUAGAAUGGAAAGUCUGAGACAGCCAUUGAAAUGUUCUGUCAACGUUAUGUAACUGUCUUUUUAACUCUAGCAGAUCAAAAAUACAGAGGCCUCCAGAAAUAUUGGCGCCUUUCAGAUAGACAGGUGAAAAGGCUUUAAGUAGAUGAUACGUGCUUCAACAAAACAUUGUGUUAUGUGAAGUAACACUUUAAAAAGAGACCAACAAAAACUUUUUUCAAACCUUUUUACAUACAAAAUGUUUGAAAACUCAACAGGAAAGAUCCUGUGAACUUUUAUAAAGUCUUUUGUCGUAUAUGACAGCUGAUACUAACACAUUACAGAACUACUAAGCACUUUCUGUUUAAUGGGAAUGUCUGAUAUGUGUGUCACUCAGAGUACUUUGCAUGUUCUCAUUUACAAAAGUGUCAAACUGUGAGCCACCAUUAAACUAAAGUGUUACAAUUCCACCCCCAUAACUUGACUUAUUAGACACUGAAACCUGCAGGAGCUGAGUUUCCUGACCACUCAAGACAUCAAUACAACACAGACAUUUUUCCCUGUUAUGAGUUAUUAUUUACUUGCAAAUUCAUCCAGCAGUUGUAGAACAACACUUUUGUUCACUUGUUUAAGCGCUCUCAUUUAGCUCAGUUUAUAUACAGUAUAUGUAUAUACACAUAGAUAGAUAGAUAGAUAGAUAGAUAGAUAGAUAGAUAGAUAGAUAGAUAGAUAGAUGUAUCUAUAUCUAUAUCUAUAGAUAGAUAGAUAGAUAGAUAGACAGAUAGAUAGAUCUAUAUCUAUAUAUCUAUAUCUAUAGAUAGAUAGUUGUUUUUCACAGAUUUUUUUCUCUGACUGAGAAAAACUUCUGCAAUGGAACAUUUAUGAUAAGUUUUUAAAAACCAAAACAGUAAUCUGAAGAACACGAGAGCCGAUAAAUCACAAAAAAAGUUGCCAUAAACAUCAGGAAACAAGUGGUGGUGAUUAAAUACUUACAUGGCCUCACGCUGGACAGCGGUGCAAAUUAAUCAGUGAAGUCAGUUUGGUUAUGUGGUUUGAGGAUUCAGCGCAUUAAGUAUAGGUUAAUUUAAAACUGUGAAGUUUGUUUUUCUUUCUUACAUUUCAUCUGUUUUUGAAUGCAUUUCAGGAGCUUCUGUGACAAUCUGAACUACCAUCCGCUGAGUGCUGCAGACUUUGGAAAAAUGAUGAAAAAUGUCUUUCCCAACAUGAAAGCGCGUCGACUUGGCAUGAGAGGGAAAUCUAAAUAUCCUUUACUGGAAUGGGUUUAAACUGUCUGGCCUCUGUCUCUGGUCACAGACCAUCUGCUGUGGCAGUUCAUAAGCUCUCUAAAUAUAGAUGUGAAAUGAAAUAAAGUCCCCUCCGCCUCAGAAGCACAAGCAUAAUACAGUGAGGCCCCUCAGGGGGAGUCUGCGAUUUUGACCUUCAUGAUGCGAUUGUGUCCUUUUUUUGCCCUUUUUGCCCUUUUGACAUUUGGCAAAUGAAAGUAGCAUGAUGUUAGGUUGGAUCACGAGCCAUAAACGUCUGUGCUAUGAUGUAAAAAACUUGAAAUGUUGGCUGACAAUGGAAUUGGCUGUAUUUAGACUCAACUCAGAAAUAACCAAGUAUGAGAAGUAAAUACAGUGUGUAGACUGAGGUGUCUGCCUGUUAUCACUGAAUCACAUAAACAGAUUCCUUUCAUACCACAUCACUUCAUCAAUGAUAUGAAGCAUACUGUAGUUCAAGAUUACUGCAGUUUUGAAAGCAUUCAGAAAGUAAGGAGACUGUUGUUUGGUAAAUUUAAUUAGGAGGCUUCAGUCACAGUUGGAAAAACUCAUGAUACCAGAGUGUUUUUAAAAAGAUCCAUUUAAAUUUACCUAGGAUAACACAUUUUUUUGUCACUAAUGUGAGAUGUGUUACAAAGUUCACCCUUUGAAUCAUUUGAGGCAGCAAAUAUUUAAUGACCUGAGAUGCCUGAGAAGCCAUUCAGUCUUAUUAUCCAUGGCCUCAGUCAACACUUUGAUUCACUGCAAAACCUGCCCUGGUUGUGUUUUCUCUCUUCAAAAUGAUUAACUUUGGAGAAAGAGUAAAAGGCAAAGCACAAAACCACAAUAAAACACUGAAAAGUUUUAGUGCUGUUUGAAGGAGCAGAUUGUGGUACAACAAAAGAACCUGGAUUAUAACACUUGUUGUUUCAGACUUAAUUCAAGAUACCGCUAAGAGUGUCUUAAUCAUGCUGUCAUGACAUUAUUUUUAUGGUUGUUACUAUUAUGUCUUGUUUUCCUGGAUUUGUCAUGUUUUGGGUCUUAACACCAGUUUACAUAUUGCUAUAGUGGACUAAGAAAGAGGCCUUUUGUUCACAUGCCAUCCUUACCCACCCUGGAUAUCCACAAAACAGGAGAUGCAGUAAGCAUUUACAUUCUCUUAAUGAUGUUUCAUUACAUUUCUUUUUCAUUUUGAUAUGCUUUUUUUGCCUCAUCACCCUCACAACUGCCUCUUGUAGCUUCUCUUAUAUAUUUAACCUCGUAUGUCAUAUGUGUAGCUCCAGUGUGAUCUCCUGGAGUCAGUUGGGCAGCUGAGCAACAUAAAGGAGGAGGUGCGAUUUGCAGCGUGUGAUCUGGUGUGUGAAUGGGCCCAGAAGGUGCUGAAACGCCAGUUUGACGCAGUUGAGGACCUGGCCCGCUUCCUGAUUGACAGCCAUUACAUCAGCAACAAGUCUUUGGCAGCUCUCACCAUUACAACAGGCACGGCAACAGGUAAGUCUCAGGCCAUGUCUGAGUCAUGCCUCCAGUGUGUAGACACACAGUGACCUCUGGUGGAAAAAGGCUGUUACUGCUCAUUUAUCUAGGCAGCCGCUCCCUUGAGGAUAGUUAAAAUUUGUGGUUCAAGUGUCUGAAACCUUUGCUUUUUUGUAGUUUGCUGGUAAAAUAUAUAUAUGUAAAAUUUUUAGUAUAGAAGGAGAAACCUAGUUAUUCUUACAGCCACUUCAUUUACAGAGAGUCUCUGCAAAUCGAUGGGUGAGGUACAAAACUGUAUCAGAAAUUCAACAAGUGCUCUUACAUUUUAUAAACAGGACCAAAAACAAAUGUUUUCUUUUUUUUAUUUUGUCUAAUUUUUAAUAGGUUGCCUGAUUGUAAACUCUCAUUUAUCUAGCUGUAUUUCUUGUACUUCUUGGUUCCCAUUUGUCAGCUAUUUUCAGUGCUUAAACCAUUUUUCUUACAUGUGAUCAUUUUUGCCCGUCGCUGAUAUUAUUGAAAAUUUUAUGUUCGUAGUUUGUUUCUUUAGGCUCUUUCCAGACACUUAUUUUGCUUCACAUUCAUAUUUAAUGAUUUAGAUUUUUUUCAGAUCUCAACACAUUUUAGUUGUAUGCAGUGGUUUUGGAUUGAUUUGUUAAAAUUCAGUGAAAUAACAUUUGAAGGUGCUAUAUCAAUUGAUCAAAUUGUAUCAUUCAUGUAACCCCAGUUUACAAAGAUAACUUAAGACGUUUUGAUGAAUUUUUAAUAUUUGAUUAUCAACAUACAUAAAUUACUCCUCUCCUUUCUGCAGAGGUCCAGACUCCUCCAGCAGUCUCAGCAUUUGUCCCCACUGCCGAGGCACACACCUUUCAACCUCAUUUGACGACGCUGUCCUCACCUUCUAUCGAUGCAAAGCAGCAGCUUCAGAGAAAAAUACAGAGGAAACAACAGGAGCAGAAGCUGCAGUCACCUUCACCUGGAGAGGGACAAGCCAAGAAGGCAGACGAUGGAUUACCUUGUGCUAGUCCCGCCCCAUCAUCACCCCAGCAAACCAUCGGGAUUGUGGUUGCUGCUGUACCGAGCCCUAUCACGGUGAGAAAGCAGGAGUCCUCUUAGCUACACAUUGUAUUUAGUUAACAAAGAGAAAACUGAAAUAGAUUUAAGUAAAUCAAAAGCAUGUAAAGAGUAAACCUUCAUCUUUUACUUUUAGAUGACUAUAAUGUUACUUCAUAGACUACUUUUAAAAAGGCUGAUAAAAUGAGUCUGUUGUAUUUGCUACGUCAAAAUGCUCUGACAUGUCAGUGACUCAUUUUGUUCAGAAAUAAUUGUGACUUAUUUAUUAUUUCAAGAUAAUCUCAGAAAUCUUUAAACAUAAGAAGUCAUAAAAUGAUUCAUUAGGGUUUAGUUAUCAUAGCUUAAAUAAAAAAUGUGUCUGUCAUUUGCACUUAACAGUAAAUCAGGCUCAAGAAAGUUUUGAAAAGCCAAAAUAUUCAUAGAUGAUAUGAAAAUGGUCCUUUUUCAUUUUUUUGCUCUUAAAAUAUCCAUGAUUUUAUAAUAGUGCUAUUCCCGAAAGCUGUCAUGCUGUUUGAAUGUCAGAUUUUCUCUCUCUCUUUGUUGAGUGCUUCCUACCUCAACAUUUUUGUACCUGUUGUGUGACAAAUGAUGAUAUGACUGAAUAUCCAAGACUUUCCUAAAAAUGAUUUAUGAGUCAUCUUUCUAACUAAGGAUUUAAUUUUAAUAAUUUAUUAAUGCUACAAAAUUCUUACCAUGUUAUAGUAUGAUACUAACCUGAAAAAUACUGUUUUUAAGUUGACAGGUCAAAGAAAUUAUCCAACAUGUCGUCAUGUUCUUUUGUUCUUUUCUCAUAUUUAUUGGUUUUCUUCCUUUACCCUGUAGGCUCAACGAGGGCGGCAGCUGAUGUCUCCCAGUCCAAUGGGAUCAAUUGAGAACAAAAUGUUGCCCAUCAACUUCCAAAUGGUUACCCAGCCAGUUCAAGCAGUGAAGCAGAGUCCAAAAACCCCACAAAAUAUCCUUACAAGUCCUGCUGGAGAACGCUCUGCUCGGCAACGCUAUGCACAAAUCCUGCCCAAACCUUCACCUGCUAUCGCUUUGCGUUCGUCCUCCACCAUGAUCAUUGGCAACAGUCCCAUAAAGACUGUGAUGACCACUUGUCAUGUCAGCCCAGUCAGUUUGGUGAAGAUGACAGCCAUAUCGCUCACACCUAACAGCUGCAGCACCACUUCCCUCACAGACAGUAUUCUGCGGCCAGCAUCAGCAGGCAUAAGCAGCACUUCACUUACAGAGGAUAGCAGCUUCAAUCAAAGCCUGAGGAGUGUCUCUGCAGUCCCAACUCUGGCCCCGGUGGCCAGACCUGGACCGACCACUGACACUUCUACCAUUGAUGUAGAAAUGGAAGUAGAAGCUAUACAUAAAAUCAGCCAAAUGCAAAAUCCUAGCAGUGUAGUUUUGACUCAAGGUGCAGUGGCAAACAGAGCUGGAGGGUCGAUACAGAGGGCUGCAAGUGUGCCUAUACCUCAGACUAAAGGCUUCCUUGGUCUGGAGGAAACAUCAAACACCACUGAAUGCAAUUCAAAGUCCUCCUCAAGUGCGAUCACUGUGGCAGCUGCAGAAAGCAGCAGAAAUAGCUCUAAUGCUAAUAAUAUGCACUUCAUCCCUUCGUCUCAAAACACCAGAACAGCUUCUUUACUGAACACCAGCAGAGCUUCAUCCUUUGGGGAAAGCACUAGUGUAACAUCAGCAAAGGAAGUUUUAUUGGCCACUAAAAGCCUCAGGAAGCGCUCAGGCCUCAGUCCUGACCUUUCCCCAGUCAAAAGGGCUUUCAUGCCCCAGCAGCCAGCUGAGGGGACCGCAGGUCCUGCAUAUGGGACUAGAAACACGUUUGUUAACAUUCUCAGGCCUGGAGCUUCAACUAGACCCGAAAGUGCACCUGCAACCAGGGAAGUAGAAAUGAACUCUUCCUCCAAGGACCACGGGCUGUGCACUUCCACUUUUAGAGCCAGUGGCUUUUACUCUGUUGCCAAAACAGCAAGCUUGAUGCCGAGGAAAAACACUUCCAUUGUUGUGGAAACUAGCACCACAGUCAGUCAGGCAUUAACACAGCAACAGCAGGGGCACACAGUGGCCAUCCAUAACAACCACGGCUUCCAAAAACAACCAGGUAUGAAUGACAUUGCUUUAAGCUCCAACCAACAACAACAACAACAGCAACCACAGCAACAGAGCUACAUGCAGUCUCACCCUGCUACUGAAGCCUUAGAUUUCUUCAACCAAGCUGCACCAUCGAGCCAGCUGUCUAUGCAGACCGACAUGGACUACUUUUCUUUCGAAGACGACGUGACUCAGGACAGUAUAGUUGAGGAGCUGGUGCAGAUGGAGGAGCAGAUGAAGCUCAAUAACAUGCAGGGGUUUGGAGAUUGUGUCACACUACAGGGACAACAGGCUGUGAUGUCAGACAAUAACAUAUCUGCCAAUCAGACCAUGACUACGUUUUAUCAUGCUGCAAACAGCAGCAGCGGCAGCAGCAGCAACCCGAUUAAAACUCCAACACCCACACCCACAUCAGAAAUUAUGGGAGGAGCCCCAGGCCUCACUGGAGAGAGCCCCUGCUCCCACAUCGCCUCCACCACCCCAGUGGACAGCGCACUGGGAAGCAGCCGUCACACCCCAGUCGGUACUCCUCACUCUAACUGCAGCAGCAAUGUGCCUCCUAGUCCAGUGGAGUGCAGAAACCCAUUUGCAUUCACACCCAUCAACUCCAGCAUCACUGGUUUCCAUGACGGCAGCACUGUCUCGAGCAGCCCCGUCAAACCCAUGCAGAGACCGAUGGCCACCCAUCCAGACAAAACCAGGCUGGAGUGGAUGAACAACAGUUACAACAGCAACAGCAGCGGUAGCUUAAAUAAGUCAAACAGCGGUGUGGGAAUCCUCCCUAGCUAUCAAGGCCUGAUAGGUGACCAGUUUCAAAAACCUCAUGCCUUUGCAGUCCCUCAUGCAAGGCACCAUGACAAUCACUUUGGCCGCUUGACUCCCAUCUCUCCUGUGCAGCAGCAGGUGGCCAGCAUGGCAAAGCAGGAAGGAUUUGCAGUGCCAGCCCCUCUGGAUAAUAAGACCAAUUCACCUGCUUUUCGAUGUCGAAGUGUGAGCCCUGCUGUGCAUCAGAGGAACUUUACAGGAAUCACAGGAAACCUUCCACAUAUCCCUCGCUCAGUCGUGUCUCCCUUUAACUCUCCCGUGACACCUGAAGUGUUGAAUAUCUUUGCUAACAGUCAGCCUAAUCUCGGGGUAAGCAGCAUGGCCCAGAGGAGUCACUCUGUGCCACUCAAUGUCAUGAUGCAGACAGAGGUCCUGCCUGCUCCAGGUCAGCAAUGCAGCAGCAAAAACAUCACCAGUGUCCUUCUGAGCAAGCUGGAUGGAGGACAUGAUGACACUGUGCGGGGUUUGGGCAUUAAUAAUUUAACAUCUGGCUACACAGCACGCAUGAACCUUACCCAGAUCCUUGAGUCUGAUAACCAUCUUACUUGCAGUGACAAUCACCUCAGCAUGAUGAACUCAGACUCCAGUGGCGCAUGCAAGCUACAGAGGCCAAAUUACCUCAUGGAAAAUGCUAUUAAUGAACAGAUGAGUGAUAGUAGAGGCCAAACAGUCUCUGGAGAUCAGCAAGGACAACAGGCACAGUCUGUGAUGCUACCGCUGAGCUCACAGCAGCAUCAAGAAGAUCACCAGCAGCAUCAGCGGUGUGAUUUCAGCAGCUCAGUGAAAGACCUCCUGACAGACAGCAGCCUGGCUGCUGGCAGUCAGCUCAUGGAACAGGUGUCCGAGCUAACGUCAGGCGGGGCAGAUUUCCCAUGUGAAAUCAGAAUGACAUCGGAGCUCUCCAGCACCAUCAAUGACCUUAAUGCACUGGAUACAAAUCUUCUGUUUGACCCCAACCAACAGCAAGGGCAAUAUCAAAGCACUGCCGGGGAGGAGGAGGAGUUUGUGAAUGAUCCACUGUUUCAGCAUAUAACCAGCGAGACAGCACAUUCAAGUGGGUUGGACUGGCUGGAAAGCAAAGAUCAUCCAACUGUUGGGUUAAUGGGUUAA